GUCAGUCAUCCAAACCUAGCUGUUGCGACAAUAUUUCUCCAGUACUUCAAGCGACUGUGGGUAUUCCAAAAUUCCUCUUGCAAACGUAACAACCGGCGGUUUCCAAAAUUGCAGCGUACCAUCGACUCGGUUUUGUCACGUCAUUGAAUCGAGUCAUCGUUUCGAGUAAUGUUGAUUGGUGGAGGUUUGCGACAGAUUUCUUCGUGAAGACACGCUGUGCAUUGUCUGUCUUGAAUGUUAUGACGAUGUGAAAGUACAUGUCAGUUCAAAUUACGAAACGUUUUAUGUGUGCCAGGGAAACGUGCCGAUUGGAAUGGGUUUUCGAAGUUUACUUCGAUUGCGGAGACAUCAGCGAGCUGGUAAGCUUUUAAUUUUUGUGGUAGCAGCUUGUUCAAUCUCAUUUCUCUUCAUCAAGUAUUCUGAACGUAAUAGAAACGCGAGCGUUGUCAUCGAGAAUGUCAUGACAAACCUUGUUCAACCCUUCGCUGAUGAGAAAUCUACCGCAAACCUUUCGCUGAAUGUGUACGUUUGGCGUGAAUUGUGCGGUGUGAACGUUCAAGACAUGAAACAAACACCAACAUUUCCAUAUUACCCCGAUCAAAAGGAGUUUUUAAACGAUGUAUUUGAAGUUUCCGAUAACACAGAAUACUAUGGACAGCGUAUAUUCGGCUUUCUACAACCACCAACAAGUGGACCUUAUCGUUUUGCGAUUGCCUCCGACGAUUCGUCGGAAUUGUGGCUUAGUGAAAGCGAAGAUCCCAAAGGGAAACGCUUAAUUUCUCGGGUAUUUGACGAGAAAGCGUGUUGUGGCUGGACAAAGAAGGAUGAACUGAAUAAAUACCCCACGCAAAUGUCUCAAUUCGUGAGCCUUCAACGAGGGAAUCGAUACUACAUUGAAGUCAUCCAUAAACAAGGUGUUGGUGACGGAUUUGCCCAAGUUUUUUGGAGCACGCCUUCAGAAGCAGAAUUUCGACUUAUCUCUUUUGAGCAUUUUCGUAAGUACUCAAACACUUCAGUAGUUUUGGCGAAAAAGGAUGCCUAUCACAUGGCGUUUUCAAACAAAUACCAAAGUCAAUUCGAAAUGAAAGUAAACAUGGCAAGCCGUAGGACGCUCAAGUUUUAUUCAUUAUCGUUAGUUCCAAAGGCCAAUUAUUUACCUCUUUGUGAGUACAAAUCUAGUGCUGUUUGGAACUUGGUGUGGAAUGCGAGCGUGAUCAGUCAGUAUGAAAGUUUAAAACUGCUUUAUUUAUCCAAUGUUUACCCGCCAGAUGAUACUGGUAUGGGGGACAGCGGAAUCGUAAUGGGAUGGCCUAACCGUGUUGCUGACAAAGAGGUUGUAGAGUCAGUUGUAAACAAAACGAUUGGUUCUCUUCGCCGUUACACAUCCAGGAAUUAUGUUCUGGAGAGGAUCCACAGAGUUAUUCAUAAGCCAGAUCCAGUAUAUGGUGAUCGCUUCUCUCUCGAUGUAGAAGUUAGUUUGGAACGCAGCAAGAGGUCAUUUCGUUUGUCAGAACACGUCUUCGUUAAAACAGGAAGCGGCCAGUUGUGUUUCCAAGAAGGUAUAAUUUGGAAAAAUAGCGCCACAGUGUACUUUAUACUCCCAGUCAAGAAUCAAGGCAACUGGGUCUAUCAUUUUAUCAAUGAAUUAACAAUAGCUAGCUCAUUAACGAACGAUUUGAACUUUCACGUCAUGGUUAUUGACUUCGAAAGUCGAGAUAUUGACAUGGAGAAAGCUUUUAACACCACCCUCCUCCGUGAUAGACACACCCUUGUUAAAAUGACGGGUAAAUUUUAUAAGACACUUGCGCUGAACGAGGGCGUCGCGCGUGUACCAAGUGAACAUGACGUAGUGUUUCUCUUUGAUCUCCAUAUUGACGUGCCUGUGGACAUCAUCGACAGCGUGAGAAAGAAUACCAUAGAGGGACGCAUUGUGUUUUAUCCCAUUGUUGGCCGAUUAGAUUGUGGGAAAAGUUUAACGGAUCAUCAAGGUUUCUGGGCAGAAGACGGCUUCGGACUGCUCGCUAUGUACAAGUCUGACUGGAAUCGAGUUGGUGGAAUGGACGUCGAGAAGUUUAAAUAUAAGUGGGGCGGCGAGGACUGGGAUUUUCUGGAUCGUGUUGUUAGAGCAAAGUUAGAGGUAGAACGCUUCAAGUACCCAGGCCUCUAUCAUCAUUUUCACCACAAGCGAGGCAUGUGGGAUAUGGAUCCAACAACAUCAAACCCACUGGGCUAACCGACUGGCGCAUGCGUUCUUUAGGACACUGGUCCGACUUCUCUUACUCGCUUGUGGCACCUUACAUUUUAUCUUUUUGCGUGAACAUAAUAAUUCCAAUGAUCAAACGAUUCUAGGUAUUUAAAUCUUCCUUACACGCACAGUGUCACCAUCCUUCAGUAUGGCUCACGCUUUUUACAUGUUUUUUCCAGUCUCGACAGUAUCCUUUAUUUUUUUGGUGCGAUGCUAAGAUAUUUUAAAAAUUAUUUAUUUACUUAAAGAUUUUUGUAAAGAUGAUGAACAUUUAAUUAUACAAUUACGUCUUUUAGAAACAUAUUGAAUUUAAAGAGAUUUUGAAAUUAAAACAUGUACUCUCAUUGAGAUAGUUCUCAAUUUUCAAUUUAUUAACUGACGUCAACAAAGUUUGGAAGUAAUUAUGAGUCAUACAGGAAUUUUCUGGAGUAAAUAUGGUGACCCUUUACACCUAAUAUCAGCAUGCAUAUUCUCCAUACUGUCCGUAUAUUUCCUGAGGUGCUGACGAGGAGAACUUGUUACGCAGUCAAGAGCUUUUUAAAGCGGUGAUCAUUUUUUAAAUUCUCGUUACCAUUAUGUGUGAUUUGGGGCUGAUAUGGUAAGGAGAAAUUAGAUGCAAGUCACUCUUAGGGCCCGUUUAGGCAUGAUAAUUAAGCUCAAUAAAGAAUCGUGGAGAAUUUGUUACGCA